GGGACUCCGCCCCCUCGUUGUCCGCCAUCUUGUUGUUGAUUGGAACGGAGCGGGGCGGGCGGCAGCGCGGGGGGUCGGCAGCGCCCGGGAGGGCAGGAGGAGCCGGCCCGACGCUGAGUGCGGCCAGGAGCCCCCGGAGCGCGGCGGUGCCAUGAGAGCGGCAUGGCUGACUUGCUUCUGGCAUCCCGUGCCCUCUUGGUUGUAAGAGGUUGGCUCCGUAUUCCAGUGACUGUUCAACAGAGAGAGUUUGGGUAACAUCUCUAAGGUCAUUGCAAGGAAGCAGAUAACCAGGAUUUCCCCCUGUCUGCCUGAGUGCUGCUGAGCCGCAUCUCCCAGCCUUUGUGGCUCUCCCCAUGCUCCAAGAGUUCAACUGGUGCCCAACGCAAUGUGUGUUUGUCAAACCAUGGAAGUGGGCAAGUAUGGCAAGAAUGCCACUAAAUCUGGAGACCGGGGGGUCCUGCUGGAGCCUUUUAUUCACCAGGUGGGCGGCCACAGCAGCAUGAUGCGCUAUGACGACCACACCGUCUGCAAGCCGCUCAUCACCAGGGAACAGCGCUUCUAUGAAUCCCUGCCUCCAGAAAUGAAGGAGUUCACACCUGAGUACAAAGGUGUGGUGUCUGUCUGUUUUGAGGGAGACAGCGAUGGCUACAUUAAUCUGGUAGCGUAUCCCUACAUGGAGAAUGAAGCUUUGGAGCAGGAUGACAUGCCAGAGAGGGACCAGCCACGACGCAAGCACUCGCGCCGGAGCCUUCACAGGUCAAGCAGCGGCACUGAACACAAGGAGGAAAAACCUGGCUUGGCCAGUGACAGCACAGAAAGCAGCAUCCAGGAGGCAAAGAGUUCCAGGAUGGACUUGCACAUCCACUCAGAUGUUCCGUUUCAGAUGUUGGAUGGGAACAGUGGGCUGAGCUCUGAGAAGAUCAGCCAUAACCCCUGGAGCCUGCGCUGCCACAAGCAGCAGCUGAGCCGCAUGAGGUCGGAGUCCAAGGAGCGAAAACUCUACAAGUUCCUUUUGCUGGAGAACGUGGUGCAUCAUUUCAAGUUUCCCUGCGUGCUUGAUCUGAAGAUGGGGACCAGACAGCACGGAGAUGAUGCCUCUGAGGAGAAGGCUGCUCGGCAGAUGAAGAAGUGUGAGCAGAGCACUUCUGCCACCCUGGGUGUGCGCGUGUGUGGGAUGCAGGUCUACCAGCUGAACACUGGGCAUUACUUAUGCAGGAAUAAAUACUAUGGACGCGGUCUUUCCAUCGAGGGCUUCCGCAACGCCCUGUACCAGUAUCUCCACAACGGCAUAGAGCUGCGCAAGGACCUCUUUGAGCCCGUCCUUGCCAAGCUCCGGAGCCUGAAGGCAGUUCUGGAGAGACAGGCCUCCUACCGCUUCUACUCCAGCUCCCUCCUCAUCAUCUAUGACGGGAAGGACAGCAGGGCAGACAUGUUUGUGGAGUGCCACUCGGAGCCGCAUCUGAAGCAGAUGGACCCGAGCUCUGUUCCCGAGAGCCUUCAGGACGGCGGCAGCACGGAGCCCAGCUCCCCCCCCCAGCCCAUGGUGGACGUGCGGAUGAUUGACUUCGCACACAGCACGUUCAAAGGCUUCCGUGAUGACCCCACUGUGCACGACGGACCCGACAGAGGUUACGUGUUCGGGCUGGAGAGCCUCAUCAACAUCAUGGAACAGCUGCGGGAAGGAAACCAGUAGCCCAGGGCUACGGCCGCUUCUUCUUGUCCUGGUGACUGGAGCAGACACGGCCACCUCCUGCCACGGGAAGCAACAACCACUUCAGUUUUAGAACAAUGUAUCGCUCCAAUGUUUUUAAAUGUACUCGGAUGGAAGAGCCGAAGGGAGGGCAGUGGAACAGCUCCUCCAGCUGACCCGGCCGGCUCUGCCUCCUGCUGGGGCUCCUGGUACUUCGCUCCUCGCAUGUGAUAUUUGGAGGGGGGACCUGGCCCAGGGAAGGGAAAGCAGGAGAGCGCGGGGCCCUGCAGGGCUGGAGCUGUGGCUUGAGGAGCCCCCUGCCCUGGCAGCCCCUAAAGGCCUUUGGCUUGAGAUUCUCGCAGGGCUCUGAGCAGCCCCAGCAGCGGCUCCGCGGGGCAGUUGCUCUGUGCUCUCCCUGGCUGGCGUUGCUGGCUCUGCCCUGUUUUGCCGAUGGGGUUUUGCUUUUGAUGCUGCCUUUUCCUUCCGUUCGGGCACUGUGAAUAACCGACCCAAACGGGGAAAUCCAAUGACCAAAUGCAACCCAGGGCGGAGCUGCGGGGGGAGGAAACGCUUCAGCCCGGUGCUGCCUGCGGCAGGGACAGCACGGCACUGUGCCCUGGGCCGCUGACCGAGCCCCAGCCCAGCCCUUGGCCAGCAAUAGAACUUGUAGCAGUUCACGUCACCCCGGCCGUGCAUCGGGGUGUUCCGGACCAUUUCAACCCUUCCCCUCGUACUCCUCGGUUCCUCCGCUUGUAGCAAGUACAGCGCUACGUCCCUCCCGUGCUGUGCGGGUGUUUCCCCGUGCUGGGCCCGCUCCGUUCUCUGCCGUCCCGUCCCGUUUCCCCGUGUUGCUCCUGCCCCCCCCCAUCCCACGGCGCUUUGCCCGACCCCGCCCGCUCCCUCCAUCGCUUCUUGGCCGGGCCGUGGGGUUGGGGGGGGCCGCAGUGAGGACCCGGAGCAGCCGGAGCCGCCCCCCCCCCCCAUGAUGCGGAACCUCCUCCCGUCCAUCGCCGCGUCCAUCGCCGCUGUGUAUGCCCGGCCCGCAUUAAAACACAUGGAUUUGG